GGCCCCGCGGAGCGUGCCCUGCGUGCGGGUGCCCGCCGAGCCCGCCGGGCGGUGGAUCCCCGAGUGCCCGGGCCGGGGCUUGAGGAGCCGGCACCGGGCCGGGGCGGCGAGGGGCGAGCAGCACAGGAGGCAGCAGUGUGUGAGAGGACGAGGACCGCCGGCGGUGUCACUGUUUUGCUUGGUCCAAUCAUGAUUGGUGACUUCAGCUAUUGGCUCCGAGCACUGGCUGUCUGACUCCAUCUGCAGGGCUGUAAUACCUACUCUCCUCCGAUCCAUUCACCACACAACUUCAGCCGGCUGAACAGACUCACGCGGCUCCAGCACAUCUUGCUAACCUAAUUCAGAAAACAAGUGCUACGGCUCCCUGCCUGUCAUCUUCGCUCAGUGUAGCAUUUUCAGGUGAUCUAGGAAACUGGGUUAUUUUUAUGAGCAAAUAAGAGAAACAGAAAUCAUGAUGGGGAUGUAUUUAACAGACCCAGUACUGGAUAAAACUUAAAGCCAGUUUCUAAUUCAACAUAGUAUAAAAAGGUCACCUUGCUCGGCUGAGAAAAGAAGCAAAAUACCAGCUUGUUGGUUUCUGUUCACAUCUUAGCUCAUGCUAGACUCUUAUCCUUGAUGCUCGCACCGAUUUGGGAUAUCUGGCUAUAAAGAGAGCCCUACUGUACUCAUGGUAGAUGACAAGGAAAAGAACAUGAAAUGUCUCACCUUCUUCUUGAUGCUUCCAGAGACGGUAAAGAACAGGUCCAAGAAAAGCUCAAAGAAAACAACCCCCAGCAGUAGCAGCAGCAGCAGCAGCAACAGCAGCAGCAAGUUGCCUCCAGUUUGUUAUGAAAUAAUUACCUUGAAGACUAAGAAGAAGAAGAAGAUGGCUGCUGAUAUAUUCCCCCGCAAGAAACCAGCCAACUCCAGCAGCACUACUGUCCAGCAGUACCACCAGCAGAACCUCAGCAACAACAACCUGAUUCCGGCCCCAAACUGGCAGGGCCUUUAUCCCACCAUUAGAGAGAGAAAUGCGGUGAUGUUCAAUAAUGAUUUGAUGGCAGAUGUACAUUUUGUGGUUGGGCCACCAGGUGGGACUCAGCGGUUGCCAGGACACAAAUAUGUUUUAGCUGUUGGGAGCUCUGUGUUUCAUGCAAUGUUUUACGGAGAACUUGCUGAAGACAAAGAUGAAAUCCGUAUACCAGAUGUCGACCCUGCUGCUUUUCUUGCUAUGCUGAAAUACAUCUAUUGUGAUGAAAUUGACUUGGCUGCUGACACAGUGUUGGCCACUCUUUAUGCUGCCAAAAAAUACAUCGUCCCUCACCUCGCCAGGGCCUGCGUCAAUUUCCUGGAGACCAGCCUGAGCGCCAAGAACGCCUGUGUCCUCCUCUCCCAGAGCUGCCUGUUUGAGGAGCCGGACCUGACCCAGCGUUGCUGGGAGGUGAUCGACGCCCAGGCCGAGCUAGCUCUCAAGUCUGAGGGCUUCUGCGAUAUUGACUUCCAGACGCUCGAAAGCAUCCUCCGCAGGGAAACUCUGAAUGCCAAAGAGAUUGUGGUUUUUGAGGCAGCUCUCAACUGGGCUGAAGUGGAAUGCCAGCGACAAGAUCUGGCUCUGAGCAUCGAAAACAAACGCAAGGUCCUGGGGAAGGCGCUUUACCUGAUCCGCAUACCCACCAUGGCCCUGGACGAUUUUGCAAACGGUGCCGCACAGUCUGGAGUCUUAACUCUCAACGAGACCAACGACAUCUUCCUCUGGUACACUGCGGCCAAGAAACCCGAGCUGCAGUUCGUCAGCAAAGCCCGCAAGGGCCUGGUCCCCCAGCGCUGCCACCGCUUCCAGUCGUGUGCCUAUCGGAGCAACCAGUGGCGCUACCGGGGCCGCUGCGACAGCAUCCAGUUUGCCGUAGAUAAGAGGGUGUUUAUCGCUGGCUUCGGGCUCUACGGCUCCAGCUGCGGCUCUGCCGAGUACAGCGCCAAGAUCGAACUCAAGCGGCAGGGCGUCGUCCUGGGCCAGAACCUGAGCAAGUACUUCUCAGACGGCUCCAGCAAUACCUUCCCUGUGUGGUUUGAGUACCCGGUGCAGAUCGAGCCAGACACAUUCUACACGGCCAGUGUGAUACUGGACGGCAAUGAGCUCAGCUACUUUGGGCAGGAAGGCAUGACGGAAGUUCAGUGUGGCAAAGUCACCGUCCAGUUUCAGUGCUCCUCGGACAGCACCAACGGCACGGGGGUACAGGGGGGCCAGAUCCCUGAACUUAUAUUCUAUGCGUGAGAGCACUUCCCCAGGCGUCGGUGUGGGCUCCUGGGUGCACAUCACAUCCACAUCCUCCCCGCUUGCUUGAUGCUUAGCUCAGCUGUGCAGGUGAUUCGCAAGGAAUGAGCUGUAGGCAGUUUCUAAUUUCUUUCAACCUUUCAAUUAUGUACAGGCAAAAUGCAGCAAUCCGCUUUUAACUGUAUGCCUAACAGAGCCAAGUUCUUACCAAGGCUUGUGGGUCUUAGAGUUGCAUCUGCACAUCUGGGGAGAUGGUGCGUUCUUUUCCAACUGCUCCACUGACCUCUCAGUUUUGUCCCUCUUAAGAUUUUUGGAUCACCUCAAAUUUCCUUUUGGGCUUUAUUUUGACAAAUAGAAAUAAAUAGUCUAAAGUAACAAUAACAAGAAUUAUUUUUAAACAGAACUGCUCCCUCCCCCAAAAAACAGAUAAACCUCAGUGUACAAUUUUCAAAGAAGCUUUGCUUGGUAAUAAGUAAUAAUUGAGCAAGUAGACAGUAGUCAUGUUGACCUUCUUGUUUUGUUUCCUUUUAAAUAUUUUACUUUCAGGCAUUGCUUUUUCCGAAAUCCUAAAUUCAUAAGAUUGUUAAAUUUUAACUCUGCAAAUGUAAAGUAAACAAAUAAGAAAUUGGAAGUUUUAGGCUAUGACUUUUCCUGCAAGCAGAUUUAUACUCUUUUGGUCAAAACCAAAUAUUGCAAUACAGAGACUUCUUUUCAAAGUAACUGAAUUAUGAAAUGUUAGUUGUCAUUAGAAAAACUUGCAGGUCUAUUAAUUUAAAUUAAAACAACUUAAAAAGGAAGACUAAAAAAAUCUCAUACUGCAAAUAGUUUAAUCGAUGGUGUGUUUUAGAAUACACACUGAAAAAGUCAAACUCUUCUCCCUGCUUAGCUUCUGAUCCUCACUAUUUUCUGAUUUUCAAAAGUUGUACUAUACAGAAUUCCUGUUUACUUUUUCCCAUGAAAAGAGGACCAAAUGAUUUUUUAGAUGAAUGGAAUAACAAUUGUGUAGCAUCACAUGUUAACGAUACUUUUAUUUGUUGAAUUUUUUUUAACCUGACAUACACUUUACCUGAUCUACUUUGACCACAUUCUAUCUCCUUAAUUAUAAUUCUGUCCUGUUUCUGGACUGCUAGAAUCUGGCCUCUGACCAUCUUAAAGUGCUAAUAUAUGCCUGCAGGGUUUAAAAAAAAAUGGUUUAGAGCGAUACACUUGAUGAUAGCUGAUAUCCACUGCCCCAGCAUCACAUCCAGCUCUCUUAUUUGUCCACAGAUAAUGAAAACAAAGGAGGGAAAACUCAUCAAAAAAUUCUCCUUCAGUGAAGGUUCGUGCUGGUUUAGUGCCCAUGACCCUGGUAGUGUCUACUGUGUUCACUCCCAGUUGAAGUAUCCAUGUGUUUCUGGGCAGCUUUUCUGCCCAGUGUGAUCCUGAGAUGGCUUCCCCGCCACCCAGAGUGUGGUCCCUGGCCGCCUCCUUCUCCUGUUCCCUUAGCCUGAAGCUGGCUCUGGAGCAGGGGCUAGUCCUGGGGUGGGUGUGUGCGUGGGUGCCCACGCGCGUGCAAGUGCGUGCUGGCUCAGGAAUUGUCUCCUCCCUGUCUGGCCAGUGAGGCGUGGGACAGAAAUGGUCCCCCUGCUGGCCCUGGUGAGUGACUGCCUGUGCUCUGGGCCGCAUCUCCCCUGGAGACGUGGCUUGUGGCUUUGGCUGGCUUCCCUGAUAGAGGAGAACACUGGAUUAUGGGACAUGUUUUCAUCAUGUUUGCCAUUACGUAUGUCUCUUAGCGUAGAGGAUCAAAACUCUUGCUGGUGAGUACUCCCUGGAUGACUUUCCAAAAUGACCUAACAAUGAUUUCUCAUCAGCAAGAUGGCAAAUAGUAGUUUUGGCAAACCCUCUAUGAAACAAAGGUACAUUUUCAACUCAAAAACUACUCCUACAAUGGGUUUUAGAUGUAAAUUAUGGCUAAACAUUUCUGUAACUCAUAGCUACCCUGCAAAUUGGUAGACUAUAUGCUUGAUUCGAAGGCACUCAAUUUUAAGCCAGAGGAAAAGAAGCUUUAUUUAGCACUAAUUUCAUCCUAUCAGAUGGCCGCGGUGGCUGUGAUAACCUCCAGAGUGAAGAUUGUUCCUUCCGUAACACUCAUGGUCAGCUUCCCCAAAGGCUGGGGAACCUCCAGAGGCUGGGGAACUGUGGGCUGAGAGCCGCAAGGGAUCCUGUCUACUGGGUGUGGAAGAACCUAAUUUUAUGUUAAUUACUAUCACUCGGAAAAAAGAGAAAGACAUUCACCCUCUGAUUGGCUGGUGCUGAGAGCUGUGGGUUAAAUUUGAAAAUUGUAUUUAAAAUAAGAACAUUUUAUCUUUUAAAUCCUAUUCUCCCUUCUGCGUUUUCAAAAACAUGGAAUUAAGGCUAAUGUGCUUGCUUUUGUUUUCUUUGGUAAUCUUGAAUUUUGUAGCUUUUAAAACUAGAAACCAUUGUUCUGACAAGGCAAGCCACUGUAGUAUAUAAACACAACUUUAUUAAACAAUGCCCUGUAGAUGCUUUUCCCAAUGUAUCUGGCAGUCUUUGUCGUUGUUUAUAUCCUGGGGAUAAGGGGAACUAGGCUAGCAGUUCUAAUGUAACAUUCUUUAAGCAUAUCUUAAUAUAGUAUUUAAGUAAAUGGUCUAAUUUCUACAUAAUUAUUGCACUGAACUGUCUUUUUUUAUAAGGUGUUUAAAUAAGCUCACUAAUUCAAGGCACUAGCCACUUGUGCAUCAGAGUGCUUGAAUUCAGUAGCUUACAGCAUUAUUUAUGAAGGAAAAAUAUAUAAAUAUGAAGUACCUCAUGUUGAAUGUUAUUGUACUGUAUUUUUAAUGUAACAGUGCAGAUCUUGUUAGACACAUGAAUGUGUAUAAUCAUGUUAAAUGCAAAUAAAAUAAAACCGGUUCAUAGA